ACGUCUCUUUCAUGUUUUCAUUAGAAACAGGAUUUCAAAAGCCUAUUAAUGCUGGAGAAAAAGUUAUUGUAGCUUCUGCUGCUAAUAAUGUGCUGUUCUUGGGAACGGACACUGGAAGGUUGCUUCGCUGGGAUACCACAAUCGAUGACCUAGAAGAAAUCAAGUUGACGCGAGCUCCAAAAGAUCAGCCACGUCGUAUAUUUCCAGAUUAUGAGAGCAGAGAUUUUAUUGUUUCCUUUGGUACUGCAGAUAACUACUAUGUGAAAGAUAGUUCAAGACAUAGCGUUGCAAGUCGUCUUUCUUUUGGUUCAAGUAUCGUAGAACGUCCUCGUGCUCUUGGUAGAAUUCGUGGAGUGACUUUGACUGCUGCACAUUUUAUGCCUUUGGAGAGUCGGCGCCUUUUUUGUAAUAUCUCAGAGCUAAAGACGCCUCCUUCAGAAGGAGGAACAGAAAGCCCUGGAAAUUGGAUCAGUCAAAGAUUGAUAUUGUUAGGUUCUGAAAAUGGAGUCAUUUUAGGAUUAUUUGUCGAUAGCACAACUGGAAAGGACGAGAACGUAGUCAAGUUAUGGAAUGUUCCAGGAGCUGAGGCUGUUUAUGGAAUUCGAGGUGAGAUGGUUUCCAAUAUUGAAAUGGAGAAGGUAUAUGCUUUCACUGCUGUCAUUUGUACCAGUAAUCGGCUUUAUCAGUUUGUUGGUGAUGCCAACUUGGAAAUCUUUGAAAGAAAUCCGCAUGUUCUGGAAAUAACGCCACCCGAUUCCGAGAUAGGCCACAAGACUAAAAUAGCCUCUGGUCAUUCAUCAGCUUCUCCAGUGACUCCGAACAUGACAACAAAACCACCUAUCAAGCAAACGAUAAGUCAACGCGUUUGUUUCUUUACUGUGGAUCGUGGUAGACGAGCUCAAAAGUUUUGCUGGACUACUGCUGCAGGUAUUAUUCACGGAGAGUUGGAUUGGAAAAGAGUUAUUCGUUCCUAUUCAAGUUCUGUUAUUACGAACAAGUCACUUAUCCGGUUAGAUGGAAACAAUAGUCCACGUUCUUCCGUUUUGUUGGCAGCUAGUUUGACAGAAUUCUAUGUGGUUCUUCUCUACUCAGAUAGAGUUAUUUUUGUCAAUCAACUUUCUGGGAAAAUAUUUCAGGAACUGAAUGUUUCAUUUACAUCUUCUCUUCGUUCUACACCUCCACAAUUUGCCAGCAUUGCACCGUCGUCACAAAUGACUCGAAGCCAGAUAAUUGCCUCUGAUAUGGUUCAAGAUAUCGUCAACAAUUCUUUAUGGAUAUAUUCUAGUAACGGAUAUUUCUUGCGUUUGUCUUGUGACAAUGAAGAAGAUGGAAUUUGGAAAGUAGCUUUGACGAUGAAUCGAUUUGAUGUGGCACUGAGAUUAUCACAAACGGAGGAACAGGCUAGACAAGUUUUUUUAGCACAAGCAGAUUGGUUGGCUGAUAUGAAUGGAGCUUAUAAAGAGGCCUCGAAAUUAUAUGCAAAGACUAGAAAACCGAUGGAAGAGGUAUUAUUAAAGUUAUUGGAAGCGCCUUGGACUGUUUCUCCCGGAGAGCUGAAUCCUAUCAUAGAGUAUUUGAUAUCUCUUUUGGACCAGAUGAGUUUAGAUUUGCCAAUGCAAAGGACAAUCAUUGCAACAUUGGUACUAGAAGAGUAUUGCAAAGAACUAUGUAUUCCUAUUAUUGUGGAGAAUGACAUGAAGGAACCUCUUAAACAAGAUUUUGAUGCCUUUUUACAGGACCAUUGGCAAGAUCUUGACCUAAAGACUUCAUUUUCUAUAUUACUUUCACAUGGUUUAUGGGAUGCUGCUGUAACCCUUUCUGUUUGUUCCAAGAAGUGGGCAAAUGCUAUCCAAAUAUGCAUUCAAAACAAAGCUUACGAUAAGGCUUUAGAUAUAUUGGUUCGAGCAGAGGAUCCUGAAAUGUUUUCCAAGUUUGCAGGCUAUCUUUCAGUUCAUGUUCCUGAGGAAUUAGCCUCUACAGCAUUACUUUGUGGAAAGGAAGCGAUAGUAAAAGUUAUACCCGCUUUGCUUCGCACAUUUCAUUUUUCGUCAUACGAAAAUAUUCGAAGAAGAGCUUUGUCUGGAUGCUUGAAUCUGUUGGAAACUCUGAGAGAUGAUCCUUAUUAUUGUAAGUUGGUUCUUCAUUUACAUGCCUUGGAUGAGAAUGAAGAAGCUGCUCUGGAGUCUUUUCAAACCACUUAUCCAAAACUUGAAUCACAACAACUAUUGGACUAUUGCAUAUUUGCGAUGCGCUGUUGUCUUUUAGGUAACUUUGGCAAAGGCAGUGUGCAGAUAUUUCAAAGUCUAGGAAUGCUUAGCGAUGCUGUAGAACUUGCUUGUCGGAUGGAUUCUACUUAUGGGAAGAAAAUUGUUUCAGAAUUAACCAGUAAGGUUGAGAAUGUGGAGUUGGUUCGAAAAUUUUGGUUGAGAGUGGCACUUGCGAUGGGUGGUUCCAAUCCAUCAAGUUUGGUGAAAGUGAUGGAAGACAGUAAUGGAAUUUUACAAAUGGAGGAUGUGAUGCCUUUCAUGGAAGACUUUUUGGAAUUAGAUGAAGAUAUGAAGAAUGCUGUUUGCCAUUCUCUUGUAACUAGUCAAACUAGAAUUCAGUCUGCCAUUGAAAUGUCUUCAAGAGCUGAAGAAACCUUGGGAGAACUUGAAAAGGAAAUGGAAGAGUUGAAGAAAAAGAAACAAGAAGAAGACAAGACUCUUAAGCAAAGCGAUGGUUUUACUUUUUAUCUUUAUUUUCCUUGUGGACAUAUCUUUUAUGACAAGGAAAGUUUUUUAAAUGCAUGGACAGAUAUGAGUAGAAAAGAUAGUCACUUGCACGAGAGUAUGCAGCCAUUGGAAAGUUCCGAAGAUAGAAAAGAACAAUAUCUGGAAGAACAGUGUCCACUUUGUGGAGAGAACAUGAUAGAAACAGUAGAUCAAGACAUAGCUUUAGAUAUGUCAUAAUAAUUAUUGGGUAAGAGUUGUGUAGGUUGUGCUAUAAAGUGGAAAUGGUCCGAUCGGAUUAAAAUUUGGGAGUCGUCC